AUGGCUCACAUCGGCGUUCUCAUCGUCCCACCCAUUCAGCUCCUCGACAUAGCUCCCAUCGAUCUCUUUGCCAUGGCGACCAAAGAGUACUUUGAAGCUUGCAAGCUCCCUAAACCCCUCCUCGACGCCGCCAUCCCAACGUCCGACCUUACCAUAACAUACAUAUCCCACACGGGCCCUAACACGACAUCACCUACAACCGCUCGUCUCGGACUAGCCAUUAAUGUCGGAUUGGACGACCCAAACGUUGCGCCGGGCAAGCUCGAUAUCCUGAUGAUACCUGGUCCACCACCGGGCAUGAAGCCCGAGGAAGAAGUCCUCGACUUCGUGAGAAAGCAUGUGGACAAGGGCGUGGACCUCCUGACGAUAUGUUCCGGCGCCUUUGUAGCUGGAUACGCAGGCGUGUUGGACGGGAAGCGCGCAACCGGCACCCGCGGUGUGCAAGACAUGCUCACCAAGUCCUUCCCGAAGGUGAAGUGGGUGGAUAAGCGCUACAUUCAGGACGGGAAGAUUUGGACAUCGGGCGGUAUCACUAAUGGGAUGGACAUGGUCGCCGUGUACAUGCAGCACCGCUGGCCCGGCACCUUAAGCGAGACGGUCCUGGCGAUGUCGGAAGUAGUGCCGAGGUCACAGGAGUAUGAUCAGGGCAAGGUGGGCUGGACAGCCUGGUUCGCAUUUCAUAUCUUCAAGGCCUGGGUGCAGGGUCUGACAAGGCGGAAGAAGACUCAAAGCAGGGGUUGCCUCAUUAGAGCCGCCCUCAUCGGCUUGCUCCUCGCUUUGGCGGCCUGCCUUGGUCGGCGCGACGACCCUUUGUCUCUAGCGCCAGCUCCUGGUAUUGCUUCUAUAUGGAUAUCGCUAUCGCUGUACCUAGCGGUGACCACAAAGGCCUACGGCGACGACGAGACGUACCUGUGCGACCUGACGGGGACUGCAAGAGAUAGCGAAACAGUCAAGUACUGUCUUGGGAUUCGUAGAGGCUCGAAAUCUCGCUCAAGCGGCCCCUCAUCCGGGUUGGGAGGUCGAAAUACCGGUGAAUAG